UGCCUGAUCAAAACACGGAAGUGCCUCAUGCUAGCUUGUUAGCAUUACUAGCUAAAGCGGCCGUUAUCCUAGCAGUGCCCUUAACUACAGUGUUUACUUCGACUAGGCGGGGUUGGUUGACAUCUACAGCGGAUACUGACAGCUGACAUGAACUCGCUUUAGAUAACAAAAUAGGAAAUAACAAUUAACUUACAAUGUUUAGCAAGUCGUAUCAGCUGCUCCCCCAGAGGGACUCCUCGGGUCUGUCGAGGACACCUGGCUUGUUUGUGGACAGAGAUGGCUUCACACGGUCCAGCUACCAUAAAGGACUUUCAUUUGACAACAUGCCUAAUGUUUCUAAUGACGACUUUACUGAUACCUCUCAAGGGUGGCUGUCCUGGAUCUGCAACCUGAUCGUCACCUUCCUCGUCUACAUCUGCACCUUUCUAACAUUUCCUAUAUCAGGAUGGUUCGUGCUGAAGACUGUGCCUAACUACCAGAGGAUAGUAGUGUUUCGUCUGGGUCGAGUGUGUCCUCCAAAGGGCCCCGGUAUCGUCCUUGUGCUGCCCUUCAUUGACCAGUGGCAGAGAGUAGACCUGCGCACCCGUGCUUUCAACAUCCCUCCUUGCCAGGUGUCCACUCAGGAUGGUGGUGUGUUAGCAGUGGGAGCAGACAUCCAGUUCCGGAUCUGGAACCCCGUCAUGUCAGUAAUAUCAGUUCAGGAUCUGAACGCCUCGACCAGAAUGACGGCACAGAAUGCCUUGACCCACAGCCUGUCCAAGAAGACUGUCAGGGAGAUCCAAACAGAGAGAGUUAAACUGGGAGAAUAUCUUGGGAUGGACAUAAAUGAGAUGACGCGUCACUGGGGGCUGGAGGUGGACAGGGUAGAGCUGACCUUGGGGUCUUUAGUAAAAGCCCCGGCUGAUGACCCCUGCGGAUCCCUGAUCAUGCCUCCUUCUGUGCCUGGACUGGAAGGCCUCACUGGCCCUAUUCAGCAGUUAGCCAUGCACUUUCUGGGAAGCAGUGGCAGUUUACAGCAUAAACAGGACUGCUUAACCUUUACGGAUGAGCUUAGCAGCACCCCCCAGACAGUUGUGGCCACACCAGUGUCUGUUGAGGAACUGCUUGACGGGGUCAAGCUCCUGCUCUCUGAAACCUUGGUCCGCCAGGUUGGGGCCUGCUUCCAGUUCAACAUAAGCUCUGAGGAUGGACAGCAUCACAGUUACUAUGUGGAUUUGAGCCAAGGUAGUGGUGCAGCUGGAGCAGGGUCCUUGUGCACAGAGCCAGAUGUGACACUGAGUAUGAGUGACAGCGACCUUUUGGCCAUGUUCCGGGGCGAGCUACGACCAUUUGCUGCUUACACCAGUAGCAGACUCAAAAUCCAGGGAGAUAUUAAGACUGCCAUGAAGCUGGAAGAGCUCAUAAAAUUACUUAAGAAAUAGCAAUCACAGUAACAUUUGUAACGGUAUUUAUUGAAUUCUUAUAAAUGUAAAUUAAAGGUUUUUAAUGUAUGCACUGAUAAUAUUUGUUAUAAACUAAAUUUCUGUCA